AUGUCUCUGAUUACCCCCAAAGAACUUGUAGCUCACAUCGAAGCUUUCACGAAGAAUCAGGCUGGGCUGCGAGAUGUCCCAAAGCUAUGCUCUUGCCUUUAUAGUGCAAGUACCGUGCUGAAUCGGGGUAUUGAGCAGACAGCCGAUAUACUCGCGCGUGUCACUUGUAUCCAGACAUUCGUAGAGACUGAGGAUCACACUGGACAGCCUACAGAGCAUGCAGACGUCGAUGUAGCCUGGCAUCUCAAACUCUUCCCGCUUCUUGAAAGUCAAUCAUUACCUUGGAAGCCAUAUGAGCCUGCUCAGGUAACAAGGGUCGAUAGAUUGCAUUUUGGUGGGUCACAGAGGUCUGGCCACUCGGGUCGCAAGCCAAUAAUUCCCGCAGGUUGCAUUCUCAUCGGUCUAAUAGUACACGGCGCAGUAAAAGAAGAAAGUGCGAAUCAAUUUGCGCUAAAGCCUUCAUUUGCUUAA